GCUUUCUCUCAUCCUUGCAUAAAUUUUCAUCUCACUCGCAUAUUCUUCAUCAGGAGGGAACUUGGAGGAAAAAGAAUGCUGCAGCUCUACAUGCAAUUCUUUCUACCUGUUCGCAAGAUAUUUUUCAUGAAAUAAAGGGUAUCUCGUUCGGCUCGUCCGCCAAGCAUGUUUGGAAUCAAAUAGCCAAAAUGCCAGAAGAGCAGGAACCUGAAGAGAGGCCGAGUAAAGUAGAAGAAACUAAUAGACGUGAAUGUGUAGAGUUGACAAAGAAAAUUUACAAUGGAGAUUGCCAAGCUGUAAAGGAGUUUAUUGUUUCUAACAUGGGUAGACGAUUUCCAGCAAUUACAGACUUUGGUGAAAACGCUCUUCAUGUUGCAAUCAAGGCCGAGGAAGAUGAGAUUGCCAAGGAAGUGGCAAAGAUGAUGUCAGGAGAAGAUCUGAAAAAAAAGGAUCACGAUGGUCACACGGCUCUCUCCAAUGUUGCAUUUGAGGGAAGAACAAACUUGGCAAAAUUCCUAGUUGAACGGAACAUAUAUUUGCUUACUAUUGAAGACAAUAAAGGCAAUAUCCCGCUUACUAGGGCAUGUGGGGUUGGCCAUAAGGAGAUAACAAACUAUCUCUACAAAAUGACCCCUCCUAAUCUCUUGGAUCCGGAAAAAGAAGGCAAACAUGGAUUCGAUCUCAUGCGCUGCUGUAUUGCUAACAAAAUGUUCGGAGAGUCUCCUAUGCUUAUGUUGUCUCGUCAGCCUUCUGCAUUUUAUAAUAGUUCUAAGCUUUCGCUUUGGCAACGAUGGGUUUAUCAUUGGUUAAAGGUAGAGUUACCCGACACCACUCCUACCAGUGACGUACUCCUUGAUGUUACUGUUCAAACUCCCACUAGUGAGGAACUAGAAGGCCACGAUGAAAGAAGCAUUACAAAACGAGUAUUUGAUGGAUUUUGUGGGUUGGAUUCAAAGGUCCAAGAGUUCUUUGGAAUAAAACAAAUUCAUGAUUUAAAGUUGAGGCAUUUUUAUGCACGUAAGGUUCUUCGCUGUAUGUGUAAGAAUGCAUCAACUUUUGAAUCGAAUUGUCAACGGGAUGAUUAUGGAGUGGGUGCUGCACUCUUUAAAGCUACCAGGAGGGGAAUAGAUGAAUUUGUCACUGAGCUAUGGAAAGCCAACCCAUCAUUUGGUUUUAUAACUAAUCAAGAUAACAGACUCGCUUCCAUGGUUGCAGUCCAGUAUCGGCAAGAAAAAGUUUUCAACCUCAUUUAUGGCCUUAAUAAGGCAUGGUGGGCUGAAAUUCUUAAUAAAGAAGAUAUAGAUGGGAACAAUAUUUUACAUGUGGCAGGGGGGUUGGCUCCAGAUUUUGAACGUGCUGGAAUUUCUAGUCCAGCAUUGCAGAUACAAAGAGAACUACAAUGGUUUAAGGUUAGAAUCUCUCACUUGCUCCCUCAACUAUAGUAUUAUUUUGUUUAACAGUACAAUAAUUCUUUUCAUUUUCCUUUCUAUAAAAGUGAUGAAGCGAGGUUUGACUACAAUAUCAGAAGUUUAUAUCAUAUAGAAUGUACAAAUUUUUUUUAAAUUUGUUCCAUAAAUGAAACUCUUUUGAUUAGCUAAGUAAAAUUAAUGGGAGUAC